UUCUAUUUAAACGUUUGGAAUUCUUUCUCACCAAGAACCCGACACUGUUGUAAAUCACCUUCAAAUGCUCGUGGUAAGCUAGGGCAUAGCGUACCAUAAGUCAACAUAUUAGGGUGGAAGGUUACAUUAUGACUCCCUACUAAAGUAGUCAUGAUAUCAUGCACCGAUCCUAAUCUACGCAUCGAUAGUAUUAUAUAUAGCAGGGGUUCAUCACCUCAUAAUGAAUCAAGGAAAUUCUCCAGUAUCCCAGUAUCUUGCAACAGACACGCUGAUCCUUGCUUUACUGGUUUUGAUCUUUAAGUUCAACUUCCCCUCAAAGUCUCCCUGAAAUCCUUCUGAAGGUUUUUUCACGAUGGGGCGCUGGGGGAGUUUGCCGGCUGAGAUUCGCUCGAUGAUCCUCGAAAUGGUAGCAGAGGAUUACCGGUUCAAAUCCGAACAGUACGCCCUCGCCGGCUAUGCCAGCGUCUGCCGGGAGUGGCAACCCGUCUUCGAACCGAGGAACUUUCAGCGACUUGUUCUCGACCAAGAGCGCAUAUCUGACCUUGAACAAGUUAUGAGUACCAAACAAAGACGAGAUUACCUCGAGCACCUGUUCCUUCGUGUCAGGCUUAACGAUUACGAUUGCACAGUCUGCAAAUCAAAAGAAGACUACGGAACAAUCAGGAAUAAUAACGAUAUCUUUAGCACAGCUAUCUGGAAUUUGUUAGUUAUCCUAUCGAAGUGGACUGGAUUCGCCGGGAGUCGUCGCCAACAAGGGCUGACAUUGGAACUUGGCGCCUUUUCCCCGAGCGACUCUAAGCAUGCAUUUAGGGACUUUCAUCUCGAGCACAACUAUCCGUACCAAGAAAAAAAGGACUUGGAGACACAUUGGGAAGGGUACAAGCUACGGGCUGACAAACUUGGACUUGACAGCUUGAAUGACCCAUAUCAUUGGUGGGCUAACGGCCGUCGGGACGAUGUAAGCUUGGAAUCGAAACAGAGAAUAAUGGGAACAUUGACUAUCAACCCUAACCUUCCUCAAUUCUCCGCGUUCUUCCAGGCGUUCCCAAAGGUCGAGAUUAUAACAGGCCUACUUAUCCGUCGACAGUUCUAUCGGAAAAUCGCGGCCAAUUCCCUCGGCAAGCUCCUCCGUGAGACCUUCACAAACCUUCGGUGGUUCCGUCACGAAGCAUGGCAUGAUGUUGAUCCACAGCAGCAGUCAAGCUUUGAGAAAGACUACAAACGUCUAAUUUCAUGGCACCUGCCGAAUACUCUCCGGGAACUAUACAUAUUCGAGGACUUCAACAAACUUCUCCACCCGGAACGAUCCACCAAGCGUGCAAAUCCUUCUUUAGGCAGAGCCCUCUCAAAAUCUAGCCGUUACCUCGAGAAUUUGUCUGCGGCCUUCCUUGUAGAUGCUAAAGAUUUCUUCCCAAACCUCUGGCCGGCCAACGAACAAAAUUCGAACGUAAUUCCCUGGGAGAAUCUUCGAAAGCUGGCUCUAACAUCACGUUUGCUGCAUCCAAAGAUAGGGCGUGGAAAGAUCAACAAGCUGCUAAUAGCUGCAGCCCGGGCGGCUGCUUUCAUGCCCAAACUUGAGGUUAUGGAGAUAUGGAAUGGUGGCGAAGGGCAUGCUUGUCUCUUCCGAUACAACAACAAUGCUGGAGAACCUAAGAUUAUUUGGGCAUGCAAUUGGGGCAGUCACGUACAGUUGGAUCAGAACGUGAUCCACUGUUGGGCAAAUUUGCCGAGGCAUGGGCAACAUCCUCAUGGCAAUCUUACAACUGUGGUUCAUCGGCUACGAAGGGGGCGUAAGCAGGUGAAGACUUACGCCGCUACGAUUCUUCAUCUGAAACUGCGCAGUAGCGUCUUGGAUCUCAUUUCUGAUUAUCAGGUAUUCUGGGAGGAAUAUAAUCACUCAAAAGGUUAGUGUAAGUGUUGGACUUCUGGUUGGUGCUCAGAUAAAAGCACUUACGUUCCUUCUUACACCCAAAUUACAUAUAACUUUCUAGUGUAUGGCUUGCCACCCAUUGCCACCCAUAGCGUCGGAUACCUACCUCACCGAUCGUCGGGUAUGGGCUCUUGCCAAAAUCAUCUGUAGAGUCGUUUUAGUAGUAUAUAUAGUGAGG